CUACAACAGUUGAUCAAGACUGCAAAAAACAAGAGUAACACUACAGAAAAGAAAUCAUGCUUCUCUCGCUUUUAUUACUGCUUAUCUACGCGGUAAUAAGCCACUUAUCGAUUCCUGUAUCAUCCGUGGCCAAACAUUAUCCACCGGGAUGGCAGGAUGCCCCAGGGUCGUGGGCUGAAUUUCCCGCGGUUGGACAGAUAAGCGGCCAAAAGAAGACAGUCAUCGAUCCUUGGAAUUAUCUUCAAAGAAUGGGAGUUUAUAAGCUAAUGAUCAAACAAACGGAGCCAUUCUUCGAUUUCUGGGGGUAUAAUAACACCGGGAAUCUCCUCUGGGGACUACCGCUUCAGUUCGGAUGGCAAAAGACAACCGGUCGUCUUCGUGACAUGAGGAGUAACCAUGGUAAUGCUGGGUGUGGAGACUAUUGCGUAUCUCCCAACAGCUGGUGGGCCGAUAUGAAUUACUACCUCUCUGUACUUCCCUUCCUGGGAGCCUUGAAUGCUGGGAUAUUCACACCGCUAAAGUAUCCUUUGCACAUCAAUAAACCACCAAACGUGAGCGACAAAGUUAAGCAGAAGUUCUGUACCAGUGUUGAAGAGUGCAAAGCAAAACAUGAUGAGGUGAUACAGGACUGGACAGAGUUUUUCCGGCGAAUUAAGGCUGCUUCUUCUGCGUCCGAUCACGAUGCCACAGUAGCACUGAUGUGGAAGGCGCACACUACGUCUAUCAACCACGGUGAGUCACACGCUUCCACCGCGCAUGCCCAAUCGAUUUCCAUUAACGCUUAAUUUUGGCUAACUCGCAGGGCCAAGGUUAUAAAAAUAGAGAGAGGGCAUCUUCCUAUUAUCCAUGAUAAGACUACAAAGAUUCUACGAGUCCAUACAAACUAGUUUGAUAAAAAAGGAAUUUAUAGUGAUUUUAUCCUUUGACUGCAGCAUUACCCUAUCAUCCUGGUUAGUGCGUUGAUCUUCAUGAAGCACGGUCACAGGUUUAUAGUUUUAUCCUUUCCGUCAAAACACCUCUCAGUCAAUCAGCCAGAGCAAAGUACAAUUUUCAACAAAGGCGGGUGAAAUCGAUAAAAAUGUUGAGCCCAAAGACUGGUUUAAUAUAUGGCCUGAGAGGCGACAGUGAACGAGAGGGGGGAAUUAAAUGCAUGCGACAACGCGAUUGCCGAGAAAGAACGUGAUGGUCGCGUGAGGAAGGACGACAAAAGGAAACUUCCUUCCUUUCCCACCCUUGGCCCUUUAGUCAAGAUUAAGACGGAAUCUACCAGGAAAUUGAGUAAUUUUAAUUUUCAGUGGACAAAAACCUUGUACCAGAAUAAUUUAAAGAAUAUUGCACUCUUUUUUUACAUUUUUCAAGGGCUAAAGAUGUAAUUUGUCAUCUGUAAUAUCACCAAAGAAAAUUUCGCACGGGAGUCGGAGAAAAAUAAAUGUCAAAUUUCACAAGAAUUUUGAAAACACGGGUAAAAUUCUAAAAAUUUCAUGUUUAAAAUGUCAUUUUGUGAAAUUUGACAUUUAUUUUCUGAGCCUCCCAUGAGAAACUUACUUUGGUGUUAUUACAGAUCACGAAAUUACAUCUUUAGUCCUUGAAAAAUGUGAAAAAGAAUGCAAUAUGCUUUAAAUUAUUCUGGUACAAGGUUUCUGUCCAUUGAAAAUUAAUAUUACUCAAUUUCCUGAUGGAUUGCGUCUCAACCUCUUUUUCCUCUCUCAAACGCCUACCGCACAAGCUGCUUAUGUUUAACUUUUUUGAAAAAGACUAUCUAUAAGUGAGAACUUAAUUAAGCUAAGGCGAUCCUCCCGCGCUGAGUAUCAACUGCCAUAUAUGUUUGGAUAUUAUGCGAACGAUUGUGAAAAUAACGAAAUUCUCGGUAACUGAGUCUAAAAAAGGCUGUGAUACUUGCUGAUAGCUGAUUUUCCUUGGUGAUAAGUUACUGGCCACGCCUAUAACUUAAGAAUUUGAAUAUAUUCUACAGCGCUUCCCCUUUUCAAAGAAGAGGUCGGCCUGCUGUCAAAACCUGAGCAAAACUUCGGAGAGGGCUGGGCACUACUGGUGGAGUUCAUUGCUGCUACACACUUUCAAACCAAUCUCAACGAAACUGCAGAACAGCAGGCAUCGCUGCCACAGAGAAUCUUGAGAACAUGGGACAUAGCUCCCUUCAUUUGGGACAUCACCCGUGCUCAAAAUCGUGUAAUUUUGGCAAUAAACGUGUUUCGCACCGCAAACAGUGUAUCAAAGGGAUGGCUGCUAAACGUCUGGCGCAACGCAAUGUGUUCUCCACAAGGGCGAAAAGUUGGAUUGCAACUGCUGAAGGAUGUGGCAGAGGGUCGUUUGGCUAACCCACUGGAGAAGAUGAAAUCAUUGAUUGAUGCCAUGGUGAAGCCUUGCAGCAAUUAGGCCAAAUCAAAAAGUAGCACCACAACAAACGGCAGCUCUUUCUAUUUGAGGGGCC